AUGGACGCCCACGUGGAUCUCCUGACAGAACUCCAGCUGUUGGAUAAGGUGCCCACGUUGGAGCGGCUGCGGACAGCUCAGAAGCGCAGGGCUCAGCAGCUGAAGAAGUGGGCGCAGUACGAGAAGGAGAUGCAGCACAAGAAGCGGAAGCAUGAGAAGAGGAGGAGCGCUGUCAGCCGCAAGAAGGUGUCUUUUGAGGCCAGCGUUGCUUUGCUGGAGGCAUCGCUGAGGAAUGAUGUGGAGGAAGUGUGUUACUUACUGAAGAACAAUAUCAGCCCAGACCUGUGCAAUGAAGAUGGACUCACUGCACUGCAUCAGUGCUGCAUAGACAACUUCGAAGAGAUAGUCAAGCUUCUCCUCAACCACGGGGCUAAUGUCAAUGCAAAGGACAAUGAGCUGUGGACUCCACUGCAUGCAGCAGCUACCUGUGGUCACAUCAACCUGGUGAAGAUUCUAAUUCAGCAUGGGGCAGACUUGCUGGCAGUAAAUGCAGAUGGAAACAUGCCAUAUGAUCUCUGUGAAGAUGAGCAGACCCUCGAUGUCAUUGAGACCUGCAUGGCAUACCAGGGCAUCACACAGGAAAAAAUCAAUGAGAUGCGGGCUGCUCCGGAGCAGGCCAUGAUCUCUGACAUCCGAGGUCUAAUUGCAGCAGGACAAGACCUGAACAGGACAGAUAUUCAAGGUGCUACAUUGCUGCACAUAGCUGGGGCUAAUGGCUACCUGCAUGCAGCUGAGAUGCUUCUAGACCAUGGAGCACGGCUAGACAUCCAGGACUGGGAUGGCUGGGAACCUCUCCAUGCUGCUGCCUUCUGGGGACAGAUGCAGAUGGCAGAGUUGCUGGUGUCCCAUGGGGCCAGCCUGAGUGCCAGGACGGCCUUUGAUGAGAUGCCAAUAGACUUGUGUGAAGAAGAGGAGUUCAAAGUGUUACUGCUGGAGCUGAAACAUAAGCAUGAUGUGAUCAUGAAAUCCCAGAUGAGGCACAAGUCCUCCCUCAGCAGGAGGACCUCCAGCACGGGAAGCCGAGGGAAGGUGGUGAGGAGGGCGAGUCUUUCGGACCGAACCAACCUUUACAGGAAGGAGUAUGAGAAGGAGGCCAUUGUCUGGCAGCAAAUGGGAGCAACGGAAGAACAGAGAAACUCAGGCUAUGCUGGAGAAAUCAUGGAGGCUCGAUCUGACCAAGAGAACACAGAUCCAAAUUCAGUGCUGGAGAAGUCUAUGCUCCUUCCUGAGUUAGCUACCAAAAGCACACAGAGUGACCCUGAAUCCUCCCUCCAGAAUGGACUCAGGGCAUCGGCCAGCACUUACCAGUACUCGGUUUCCAACGGGGACGUCUGGAAAAUGCACACAGCUCCAGACUGUAAUGCAAGUCAAGCCCUGCCCUAUAGCAGCCCCAGUGUCCCCGACUCUCAGCAAAUCUGGGGUGGCUACAAGGAUCGCAGCCAUCAAACACUUUCUGAACUGAAGCGGCAGCGGGCUGCAGCUAAGCUGCUUAACCACCCCUUCCUCAGCACCCACUUUGGCACCAGUGUGAGUGGGGUAGUUGAGAAUGGGGGCGAGGCCAAGGAGCACCUGAUUGAUUCCAGGACUUCUCCCUACAGUUCCAAUGGGACAUCGGUUUAUUACACAGCAUCCAGUGGCGAUCCCCCUCUCUUGAAAUUCAAAGCUCCCAUGGAUGAAAUGGAGGAGAAAGUGCACGGGUGCUGCAGGAUUUCCUAG